AUGCACACUAACGUGGGCAGCAGAGUUCUUGAUGAAGAAGGGUUUCUAGGAAGAUUUCCGCCUCCAGUAUAUUAUGAUGAAGACGGAAUUGCCAAUGUACUUGCUAUGCGUGAGAUGACUGCUGCGGGAUACCGCAUUACCAUGGAUACUGAUUUUGACAAUGCCUUUGUUGUGCAUUGCAAUGGAGACAGACAGAUGCGAUUUGUGAAUCGUAAGGGUGUAUAUGUGUUGGAACAACUUGGAGUGGAUGUCGAACCAGGUGCCAAAGAGACAAGUGCAAUGUAUCGUUGCCAGUUAAGCAACGUAAAUAAACAACCCCAUUUCGAACUUUCUUCAAAACAGAAUGGAUAUGCUGGACUCGGGAUGACUGUGAAGAUGGCAACGGUUCGAAAGAACAAAGAAGGAUUCACUCCAAGACAAGUCAAAGCUGCGAUGGAAGCAAGAAGUGCAAUGCACAUACCCAAUGCUCCAAGCACCAAAAGUCUGAAGUAUGCAAUCCGAUCUGGUCUCAUCAAGAACUGUCCUAUCACUGAAGAAGCGAUCAAUCAUGCCGAAGCAAUCUUUGGACCUGACGCAUCUACAUUGAAAGGCAAGUCAACAAGACCAACUCCGAAGAAGACGUAUCACGACUUCUUCAGUCCACCAGAGGAAUUGUAUCAACAUAAUCGAUCUAUUACCGUCUGUAUUGAUCACAUGGAGAUCGAGCAUGCUAAGUUUCUCACCUGCAUUGAUACCACUGUGCAUAUUCCGCCGCUACAACAAGGCAGAAUUUCAAGUCAAGACGAUCAAUGUGAUCGGGCAUUCAUUCCUCUGACGGAUGAUAUGCUAGACAAUAUGGGUGUUACUAUUGACCCGACUGCAGCUGGAGAUCACGAGCCUACAGCUGAGCGAAACAAUCGAACGCUGAAAGAAAGAGUCAGAGUAGCUCUUGCAGGAUUACCCUACAAAGUUGUACCAAAAGUGAUCACUGAAUGUCUUGGACGUCGAGCCGCCGAACUAUUGAAUGUCUUUCCCCAGAAAGACAGUAUUUCCUCACAUUUCAGUCCGCAGCAACUCAUUGAUAAUGUCAAUAUCAACUACAAGAGUGACAUGGUUGCUGAGCUUGGACAGUAUGUUCAUGCAA